AUGGCCGCCAAGAGCCCCCGGACGAACGACCCGUGCCUGGCGCUCCAGCGCGAGGACGCCCUCAGGGGCGACGCGAGGGGCGGCGACCGGCCCGAUGUUAACCUGAAGAUGCCUCUCUUCCGCCUCGGCGAGGCCGCGACGCCCAAGAGCGCAGAGGGCGAGGGCAACGCGGCGACGAUCAAGUGGGCGUUCGGCACCAACUCGCUCCCCGAGCUCCGCGACGCGCAGUUCCUGUUGAAAACCAGUGGGGGCCUCCGCGCGGCGGGGGUUCUUCUCGACUUCGAUUCUGCCCCGAGGUCGAAGGCGGCGAAAGAGCUGGAGAACAUGGCACUCAAGCAGGACGGCGGCAGAGGCGAGGGGGCCAAGAAGGAGGCCGCCAGGAGGAGUGCGGAGUUGCUCGCGGCGAAGGCGGAGAUCCGCGCCCUGAAGGCGGAGAUCGGGUUGAGGUGCGCUGAACCGCCGGGCGAGACGUGCGACGAGGCUGCUGAGACGAGGCCCGCGGCGUGCCAGACCGACUCCGAGUGGCAGCACAAGGAUCUCCAGAGGCCCUCCGCGACGACGCUGGCCGCCCCCGCGCGGGGCGCGCACUCCCACGAGCAGAGCGAGGAGGUGGGGCUGCGCUCCGAGCUGGAAAGUUUCAGGAGGCUGUCGGCCACACGGAUCGAGCAGCUCGAGCGGCAGCACCAGGAGGACCUUUUUCUCCCAUUUUUCCGUCGUCCUCUCCGACGUUGCUUGGAUGCCGUUCCUGCACGGCCCCGAAUCUGGAGAGGGCCUUCGUGGGCCCUUGGCAUUGGCCUGUGCUGUUGGCAGCCCUCUUCGUGUGGCGGCGCCCGGCAGGUGACGCGCAAGCGGACCUCUGAGGUCAGAGGGGCGGCCGAAGGUCCUCGAUCCCUCGCUCC